UUAAGUUCGUCGCAUUCAAUAGGUAUCGCACUUGUGCCUUGUCUUAGUUUCAACAAUGCGGAGCUCGUGUAAAGUCGCCCAGAGCGGAGCGGUUUUGGCAACACUUAGCCUGCUGUGCCUAGCACAUGAGGCGAGUGUGCUGGACGAUAGCUCUGGGUGGAGCAACUAUAGCUUUCCAGAUGACUUUAUAUUUGGUGUCUCGACGGCCGCAUAUCAAAUCGAAGGAGCAUGGAACGAAGACGGUAAAGGUGAGAGUAUGUGGGACACAUAUCUUCAUGAGCAUCCAGAUUUCACAGCGGAUCGUUUAAAUGGAGAUGUCGCUACCGAUUCCUAUCACAGAUAUAUGGAUGACAUCCAAAUAGUCAAAGAUCUUGGCGUGAAGUACUACCGAUUAUCGAUAUCGUGGCCCCGCUUGCUCCCUAAUGGCACUGACAAUAACGUUAACAAUGCGGGUGCGAAGUAUUACCGGACCCUCUUCGAAGAACUAAUAAAGGUCAAUAUAACUCCCGUGGUGACGCUCUUUCAUUGGGAUAUGCCGACUGCCCUCAUGGAUCUUGGGGGUUGGAGUAAUCCUUUGAUGGUCGACUAUUUCGUCGAUUACGCAAGAGUGGCUUUUAAGUUGUACGGAGAUAUAAUUAACUUUUGGACCACUGUGAACGAACCUCAUCAACACUGUUAUAAUGGAUACGGAAGUACUAUUUUCGUGCCAGCGAUAAACUCUAGUGGCGUAGCAGAAUACUUAUGUUCUCACUACAUUUUACUGGGGCAUGCAAAGGCGUACCGUCUCUACGAUAAAGAAUUUAGACCAUAUCAAAAAGGAAAAAUUGGGAUAACGCUAGAUGCGUUUUGGGGCGAACCAAAAGAUGCUAAUAAGCAAGAAGAUCGCGACGCAGUCGAAACAUAUCUUCAGAUGCAUUUUGGACUGUAUGCACACCCCAUAUUUUCUAUGGAAGGCGAUUACCCACCCUUCGUAAGAGAACGACUAGACACCUAUAGUGAAUAUGAAGGAUUUGCAAGAUCCCGACUACCCACCUUCACAGAAGAAGAAGUGAAGGCUUUGCUAGGUAGUUCGGACUUCUUCGGUUUAAAUCACUAUACAACAUACCUCAUGUCACCAUCAACCAUGGAGCCAGGUUGGAAGGUGCCAUCCUUGGAACACGACACCAGAGUGAAGUUAGAACAGCAUCCUAAAUGGCCGAAACCUGGUGCUGACUGGUUGACGGUUUAUCCUCCCGGUUUUCGCAAGCUUCUAAACUGGGUAACAAAUAAAUAUGGCAGAAACAUUCCUAUAAUAGUCACUGAGAAUGGUAUGUGUGAUCAUGGCCAAAUAGAUGAUUACGAAAGAGUUUCUUACUACAACAAGUAUCUUUAUCAAUUGCUACUGGCCAUACAUACAGACGGCUGCAAGGUUGAGGGUUACUUUGCCUGGACUCUGAUGGAUGAUUUCGAAUGGACUGACGGUUACACGGCAAAGUUUGGUCUCUACAGCGUUGAUUUUAAUAGUCCCAAUAAGACCAGAACACCGAAAUUGUCUGCGAAAAAUUACCGUGGAAUUGUUAAAUCAAGAAGAAUAAACUUCGAUAGUUUCAAAUCUCCAAUAAGUACUUAUUUAUAAUGUAAUUGUUAACGAAACUUUUGUAAAUAGUAAUAUUGAUGUUGAAUCGCU